CAUGAGAUAAGUUGGUAACCAGGUUUCAGUGCUGAAUGUUUUGAGGGUAAGUUGGAUAGGACUUAGGCAUGCCAAAGAAAACUUGCGUAUUGAGAGAGAGAAAGAAAAAAAUGAACUAUUUCCUUUUCGCUGACUUGACUGCUCUGCAGUGGCAGACAGCUAGCACGGCACGCGUCGCUAGACGAAAAUAACCCAGCUGGUGGCAACAGGAGUACCACGUUUGCUCAGGGUAUCAGUUGCUACUGUUCGGUGAAACUACAACUUUGUGCCAAUGUUCUAUUCCGCUGUGUUCAGGAUAAACGAAUUUCAACGUGCAGAAUAGCAGAUUCCCCCAAAUGAAGUUAUGGCUUCAAAUGACAUAGAGCAAUUAAUGAAGGGCUUCCAUGCUGAGAUAGGCUCUGAAAAACUUGGUUGGUUGAUGGAACAGUUCUCUGGUAAUAAGACUCUGAAAGAGUUGUUUCAACUUCUUUGGGAUGUUCCAGAAUCUCAUCAAUGUCUGUCAGUCUCCUUGAUUAAGUCCACAAAGUGUAGCGAAAAAGCUGAAAAAUUUCGAAUUGAUGGAAAUAAAUUCUACAAACAAAGAGACUUUGAAAAAGCUCUGAGAUUCUAUAACAUGAGCAUCAUGAAUGCUCAACACCCAGAGUAUUCUAAGUUAACACAUUCCAAUUCACUAGUCAACAAUGAUGUAAAUACCAAGAUGAAAAUGGUUGAGAAUGAAAGUGUUGCCAAUCAAAUUUCUCCUGGGAAGCAAGAAGAUACCGCAUUAGCUCUUGGUUUUGCCAAUCGGUCAGCAGUAUUAUUUGAGAUGGAAUUAUAUGAGAAGUGCCUGGAAGAUAUCAACUGGGCUAUGACACAUGGGUAUCCAGAAUCCUCCAUGCAUAAGUUGGAAAAAAGGAGACAAAAAUGCAUUGAUGCCAAAAAGAGACAAUGUAAGCCAAGAGUCUGUUAUCUACCUGAAAACUGUAGAAGUGUUUUGCAGCAGAUUCUCUCGUCUUACUUUCCCACCAAACUUCCAGAGCUUGAAGAAUCUAAUUCCACGAUGCCCUCUUUCAGCAGUUCAGUCACCAUUGCUUUCUCACCCGACAAGGGUCGCCACAUAGUUGCAGUGAAAGAUAUUCGUCCGGGAGACCUCAUUGCUAUAGAACAAAGCUACUGUCACAGCCUUGACUGGGAAAACAUGGGGACUUACUGUAAUAACUGUUUGGUUCGCUGCCUUAUUCCACUUCCAUGUCCUUAUUGUUCAUUGGUAGUGUUCUGCAGUGAAAGAUGCCGUCAGCAGGCAGUUUUUGGAGAUCACUGGCUAGAAUGCACAAUACUCAAUAUGUUGAGCUUUCUGGUACUAAGGCCGGUCUUCUCUAUCGUUUAUAAAUUAUUAAAAUAUCCAUCAUACAUCAAAUGGAAAACUGCCCUUGAAGGAUUACAAGAAAGAGAAAGGCACUGCAGUCCAGAAGAACUGGGUUUAAACGAAGAAGGAAUAUAUAGCCCUACUGAUUAUGAAUCUAUCUAUCAUUUGGUCACGAAUAAGGAAAAACGUCCAAGUGGGGACCUCUAUGUCAAGUGUCUUAUUGCUUUUAUACUGACAGAUCUUCUCAAGCAAAGCAAACGCUUCUUUGUCGAUUACUUCGGCAAUCCUUUUGAUCCGGGCAAAGAAGAUCUUCUACUGAUGGGAGAAACAUUGUUUUCUAAUCUGAUGAAGAUUUCAUGUAAUGGAUUCCAGUUGGUAGAAUUCCAGUGCACAGGGCCUCCUGUUACGUUAAGCAGAGCAACCAUCGGCUCAGGAGUCUUCCCAACGCUAUCCCUGGUUAACCAUUCCUGUGAUCCAUCAACUACAACGUAUGUUUAUGGUCGCACACAAGUCAUAAGAGCAUCGAGAUGUAUUUCACCAGGGGAAGAAAUUACCGAGAGUUAUUGCCAAACAUUUUAUCAAGAAGGAGAAGAAGAAAGACAAAUGGGCCUUUUGGAAGUCUAUCAAUUUACUUGCCACUGCGAAGCCUGCCAGAAAAAAUGGCCGACUUAUAAGAACCUCCCAAAGGAAAUGCAUAUUAAAUGUCUAGAUUGUUCAAGACCAGUAGGUACGGUGACAGCUGUGUGCAAUAACUGCAAACUUGAUUAUUCGUGUCAGGGGCAUGAAAUAAGUAAACAGUUAUCAGUAAACGAAUGGUGGAAUACCGUAAAAAAAGUGAAAGAGGCAUUUGAAAAUUCUCAGAAAAUAUCCGGAAAACUUAAGUCAUCACAGCCCCCAACCAUGGAUGAUUUUUUGAUAAUUCGGGACGCAAUGGAAACUUUAGAUAAAUAUGUCAUAAGCCCUUGUCAACAACUUUGGGAUAUCUAUGAUACUAUGGACCUUUACUUCAGGUUAUCUGAAGACCCAAUUUUUUCAUAUUUACAAGAUUAUGAAUAAUUAUCUUGGGCGGCAAAUUAUAUAACAUUGUUAUAAACAAUGCAAGUUUGUGUAAACUUCAAUAUUCUAUAAAGAUAUCAUAUUUAGAAAUAUUGCAAUGAUCGGUGUUCAUUUUUAUCGUCCUGUUACAGUAUAAGAGAAAUAAGUAAAAAUGUAUCAAGGAUGAUUCAACAGAUACAAGUAGUACAAAUUUAUCAAUUAGUUU